AUGACAGGAGUGGCGGAGAAUUCUAUUACGAAAGAUAUGGUGAUGCAGAUUCUCUUAAAAUUACCCGUCAAAUCUAUGUUGAGAUUCAGGUGUGCAUCAAAAUCAUGGAACUCCCUCGUUACUAGCCCUGGCUUCAUGAAGAACCAUCUGGACAAAGCCAAGCAACUGCUUCUCCUUCGAACCGAAAAUCCUGUAGUAUCUUACUCUUUGCAUCUUGAUAAUGAUCGUGUAGAUAUGUGCUCACGUUUGGAGUUUCCUAUUCCGAAUGAAGCUGCUGGUCUUUUUUAUUUUAUUGGUUGUUGUAAUGGAGUUGCAUGUCUUUCGAGUCAAUAUCUCCAACUCGAUAGCAGCAGAAGACUUGUCUUGUGGAACCCUUCAAUUAGAAAAACUUUGGAUCUUCCAGCUCCGAGUUCGUGGGCUGCUAUUGACAAGACUUUAUUGGGCCUUGGAUAUGAUCCACAAAGUGACGACUAUAAGGUUGCCAGGGUUGUGAGGCUAAAAAGCCCAGAAUAUGCGGACGAGCGUCCAUUUGCUUUUCAAUUUUACUCGCUCAAUUCAGGAUCUUGGAAUGAAAACGUUGAUGUCAGCAGUAGUCUUGCGAAUGAAGAUACUUUGCGCAGCAUCACCCUUCAUGGCUUUGGCAAUCCGGCCACUGUAAAUGGGGUCAUUCACUGGCUUCUACAUCCUAGAGACAAUAACGGUAUGCUGGCACUAUCCUUUGAUUUAAGCAAUAAUUCAUUCGGAGAGUUAAUGCUGCCUGAAUGUUUCGAUCCGACAGAACGGAUGGCAGCGAUGUCCAUUUCAGUGUUCAAGGACUCUCUUUCUUUCAAUGUCCUUGAGGAUUAUGGCGGAAAUUAUGUUUGUGAGGUAUGGGUGAUGAGCCAAUAUGGUGCGAGGGAAUCAUGGGACAAGCAAUACCGGAUUGAAAUGCUCGAUAUAGCAUGGCCGGUGGUUUUUAGGAGUAAUGGAGAGAUAUUAAUGGUAGGAUAUGCAAAUUCUCAGUUAGUUUCAUGUGAUCCUCAGACACAGGAAAUUCAUGAUACGGGGCUGGAGGUGUUACUUGAUGACUACGCUGAUUAUUUUGUUGAGAGUCUCGCUUUACUUGAUAGAUCAAACUAGACUCGGUAGCAAAAGGCUGCUGGACCUGCAACAACUAAUGGAGCUUGGUAAAAGAACAAAAGAGGCACUUGAGAGGUUGUAUUUGAAAAGGAAAACAGUAUUCUAUAAAAGACAUUAGUUUUAUAUGUUAAUGUUUCUUAACAUUUACUUGUUCUUGAGGUUUCUGGCAUGAACAAAUAAAACUAUUCUAUAAUUUUGGCAAAUUA